CUGUAUUACAAUGACGUUGAUGUAUCAAUAUAAUUAAAAUAAAUAAAAAAGGUGUUAAGAAAUUAUGUUUAUUAACACCUUUGGACAAAUGUGGCUAAAGGCUACGCAUUAUAAACACAGGUCAGGCUGUUUCAAAAAGUGUUUUGUAGUGUGUCGGGUUACUGACCUGGUUUGGACAAAAGUAUCUAAAGGCUGAAUGGCUACGCAGUAAAAACACAGAUCCGGGCGUUUCAAAAAAGUGUUUUGUAGUGUGUCGGGUUACUGACCUGGUUUUGAACUUCAGGAAUACACCUCAGACCCUUUCCCCGGGCUGACCCUGGGGGCCCAGUACGCAGUCACCGUCAUGGCUAUCCCUGCCCCAGAGAAAUGGGACAAGUUCUUCUACACCAAGAUCUUCUCCACUAACACGUGCGCAAAGAAGCAUGGAAUCGACCGCUGCAAAAAAGACUGGUACCCUGAACAGAUCGCGCUGAAGCAACAGAGGGCGGAGGUCACCGUGACCUUCAACCUGGCCCCGCCCACCCUGGGCGUCAGGAAGUACUUCUCCUGGUGCUACGGGCCCACAGGAAAGACUUACAUGGGCAUCACACCUGAUUUCUCUAAAAACAAAACUCAUUGCAGUUUCCUCCUAGAGGGCCUGAAAGAAGGAACUAACUACACCUGUGAGAUUGCAGCGGACGAGGUGGAUGCGGUGAGGGCCUCCUUUGACUUCCAGGUUGAGCCGGGGGAGCGAGACGCAGCAGCGGGCGGGACAGGCCCCCGGCCCCUGGCUCUGGUCCUGCCGCUGGCCCUGUCUCUGGGGGUCCUGGCUGCCAUCCUGCUGCUCUUCUUCUGCCGGAGGCCCACCCUGUGGAAGAAGAAGGCGGAUCUGAAGCCAGAUGUUAUUGUGGAACGACAUCAAGACAAGACCACACAGGAGGAAGUCCCCUUGUUGCCAGAGGGAGGUGUGACUCCGCCCCGCCUUCUGAUUUGCUACUGUGGCAAGGAUGGCCCCGCCCACGUCAGAGCUGUCAUGCAGCUUGGGGCUUUCAUACAGCAACACAUGGCCACUAAGGUGUGUCUGGACCUUUGGGACACUCUCAACCUGGCAGAGGAAGGCUCCGUCGGCUGGCUGUGCAGGCAGCUCCAGGAGAGCGACUUCGUCAUGGUGCUCUGCUCCAGGGGCCUCCACCACCGUCCCCUGGCUCCCAGCCGCAGCAACGACGGGAACGACAACAAAGAAGAGGAGGAGGAGGAGGAGGAGGAGGAGGAGGGGGGGGAGGAGGGGGGGGAGGAGGGGGGGGAGGAGGAGCGAGGGCUGAUCUGCCUGGCGGCCGUGGCCCUCAUCGGGGAGGAGGUGGGCCGGGCCCGGGCCCGCGGCAGAGACCUGUCCAAGUACAUGGCGGCCAUCUUCCCGCACUCGGAGGAGACGGACAUCCCCCUGGAGCUCGGCCUGGUGGCCCGCUACCGCCUGCCGGGCGACCUGCCCCUGCUCUUCUCCCACCUGCACGGGGUCGCCCUGCACGCGCCCGGCCGCUACCUGGAGGUGGAGCACCUGUCCCGCGAUGGGCUGGCCCGGGUCCCGUCCGGGGCCGCCCUGCUGCGGGCCAUCGCGGAGGCCGGGUUGGCGGGAGAGGCGGCGACGGCGAGGGUGGGGCAGGGGGAGGAGACGGUGGAGGAGGAGGAGGAGCAGGAGCAGGAGCAGGAGCAGCAGCAGCAGCAGGAGCAGCAGCAGCAGCAGGAGCAGCAGGAGCAGCAGGAGCAGAAGGGACAAAGGGGGUGGGAAGAGUGGGCCGCCGUAGCGGUGUGAGGAGUCCCAGGGCCGAUGCUCUCGGCACCGCGACGUCCGCCUGGUGGCUGGGAGGGCGCGCGCGCAAAGGUUUAUUGAAGCUGGAAGUUUAUUAAAGGGGACAUGUUGCACCACCGGGUGUGAGUGCGACUAGCCUUACAAGCCGUUUCGAAAAUCUGCCCCCAUAUGACGUCACUAGUGGGCGUGUCCACCUAGAUUGUAAGGCGAAUCACGCUCACACCUGGCGGUAUAAUAUGUCCCAUUUAAAAAUAAAGAAAUGAAGGAUGGCUGGGACAUCUUAAGUAUACAGUAUACCUGCCAAAGUUCUCUUGUGCAAAACAGUGCAACCUCCUUUACCCCCCCCCCCCCCCCCCCCCCCCCCCCCCGAGUUAUUCCUGUUAAAAUAGAAUGAGUAUUUUGUGCUAUGCUUGGAAUGUACAACGUUUUAUAACCUCUUCAUAAGCUCUCUUGUGUACUCAAGGCAUUUUAACAAUAAUAUAUAUAACACAGUCGUAUUGCUGUGUAUUUUCAUUAAAGGCACCCAGUGCAACUUUCGAGGCUUAAAAAUAAACAUUCAAUUUCUAGUCUUUUUUACACGUAGUAAGUUUCAAUAACUCCAUACCAUUACAUACCGACAUUCAAGCAGCAAAGAUGAGACGUCGUUGUGUGGUGAGAACUGAUACAAAAUCGAUAACAACAACAAUGCCGCCAUUUUCUUUAUUUUUUGUAACCUACAAUAAAUAAAGCAGGCUUCCAGCCAAUGGAAAAAUGGCUUCUCCCCACCGGCGAUUGUUGUUGUUUACGAUUUUCUAUCAGUUCUCACCACACAACGACGUCUCAUCUUUGCUCCUUGAAUGUCGAUAUGUAAUGGUAUGGAGUUAUUGAAACUUACUACGUGUAAAAAAGACUAGAAAUUGAAUGUUUAUUUUUCAUUGAAUGUUUACAUAAAGUUGCACUGGGUGCCUUUAAAAGUUCUCCGUGCAUGCGUCGGUCAUAUAGCCAAGUAAGAAUGAGUAUACAAUUUAGUAUUUACGUUGUGAGAAGUUGUGUGCAAGCGAAUGUAAACAAUUCAACUGUUGAAAUGGUGAUCUUAAGGUAAGCCAGUUAUGAUAAAUCGGCUUUUUGAAUGUAAAACGCCCACAUCUUACCCCAUGUAAAAACUGGCUGAUGCUUAUCUGAUCUAGUCGGUCUUAACCAUGUACAAUUGUAGUAGUUUGAGCUAUUUAAACAUAUAUAUUUUUGUAAUAUUCAUUUCAUGUUUAUAUAUGUACAAUAAUACAAAUAAAAUGAAAAGCAAGA